CACGUGCCCACGAGCCAACGGGAAGCUUGACCCCUCACGGUGGUGGAGGAACCGCCAUAUUUUCUCGUGGUUUCGUCGUGAAAGUUGGACGAUGUGAGGUGUCAGUUUGAUAUGCAAUAAUCUAAAUUAAUGUGAGUGUGUAAUAAUAAACAAGUAAAUGGUGCGAUCAUGGCAAAAGGAGGUAACAGUUUGAGCAACAAACGUUCGAGGAACGCCAAGCCCUACGACGCAAACAACUCUUUUGUGAAAAAAGUCGCUACGAAAGUCACAGAUUUGAUACCGCAGAGAUCGUGGAUCAGCAAAUGGUUUAACUCAUCGCAAGACAAUGGCGAAAUGUUAAACAACGAGGAGAACUUAGAGGGCUCUGAAAAUGAGCAGGAAUCACAGCAACCUCCGCCUUCAAAGCGGCCAAGGAUUCGUAUGGAUGUAACUCAUCCCCCCGGAACAUUCAAUAUACAGCCAAGAAGUAGAAUUUCAGAUAACGAGGUCGACCCUCAGAAAGAAGAUUACGUUAUCCACAAUGAAACUACAGCCGAUUUCCUAGAACCUCCAGUAGCUGGAACUAGUGGGGUUCGUCGUUUAGUGGCAUCGACACCAGCUAUCCAAUCAGAAAUUGGCAGUACGAGCAAUCAAAGGAGUAGGACAGAGUUUAUUUCAUUAACAUCGCAACGAAAUAAUGGCACGGCGAAUGGAACAGACGAUAAUUCAGAGUCCAGUGAGAGCACAAGCGGAUGCAGCUCUCUCAUACCCCAAGUCAACAGGCAAGAAGCACCCUCAAGUCUGGGGUACAACAGAUCUUUCACAAGCAGAAAGAGAUACAAUGAAGAUAAACUAAACUACACGAAUCACCUACAGUCCCCACGGUCUCUGUUUUUGGACAGUAAUCCUAGGGAUUCAUUAAGCAGUCGAAAGCCAAGCUUCAAUGCAUCAGUAAUGAACAAUUCUCUUGAACGAGGACAGUCCUCGUCUCCGUUUUACAAUGGCAAUACCACGUUUGGAGGAGCCAACAUGGCAGGGUUCCAGCGCCGAGGACGUACCUUGUUCAAUAGUACGAAUGAACUUCAAUUGAAAGUACCAAACAGAACCAACAUUCAAGUAAAGUCACCAAAUGUGACCGGUGUCGAUUCAUCAGGCAUGAGUCAAACUGCUAAAAGGAUAUUGGAAGCACUAGAGCAUUUUUCGUCUCCGAUUUUGGAUGCUAAAAAAAUUCCAAUGAAUGCAAAUAAUAACUCAUCGCUGAUCGGUGGUAGAAAACGACAGAGGGAUGAAGGCUGUACUCCGUUGGCACGAGUAGGUCUCCGUCAUCUGACUAGAGAACUUACCGUACCUACAGUGCCGGAUCUCCUAAAGCUUAGACGUCGUCAGAGAUUACAAGACACUACUGUAGCGGCUAGGAGAAUCGUUUCCGCUCGCAGUGCCCCCCCACCAUCUCCCCAGGAAUACAGAUUGAGGUCGGACGAUGAUGAGAAGUCUAAAUACUCGGGCAAGGUUAAAGCUAAAGGUAAAACCGAUUUGGAUGAAGAUUGUGUGACCGAUACAGUCAAUUUACCGAACGUCACGUUGCCUAUUAGUACUUUGCCAACUUUUGAUAUAAAGCUACCAGUAAUUACAAGUAACAUGGCCAAGGGAGUGAAAGAUGAAUUAUUCAAGUUCGCUAGCCCGAUAAAAGUGACGGACACUACUAGGAAUUUAAAAUCUAUCAACAACUUUACGUUCAGCAAACCCAUCAAUGCCAGUGUUAAAGAUUCCGCAGAGGGUAGUCAUUCACUUUCGAAAACAUUGACUUUGGAAUCUGAUACUUCUUCGGCUAGUUUCUCGUCUAGUAAUAAUUUCAUGUGGUCCAACACCUCGACAGCCCCGAAGUUGAAGGAAAAACCCAAGGAGGAUGUGGUUGUGGACGGAAUCAAAACGUCCAGUAAGUUAAAAACAGGCAGUGUUAUGGAUGUUUUGGGAAAGAAAUCAGACCUACUUACAGAUUCCAACAAACCUGUAGUUGGCAUGUGGGAAUGUAACCAGUGUCUGAUGAAGAACAACCAACACGAGCCUCAGUGCAUCGGUUGCAAAGCUUCUAAGUCAGUUUCCAAAGGUGAUAAGACAACAGAAAAUACACCAGCUUCAUCAUCACUCACCGAUACGCAGUCUAAGCCUGUGACCACCGAUUGUUUCGGAUCACAGUUCAAAACGAGCGCCAGUCAUUGGGAGUGCUCCAAUUGUGCAACGUCGAACAAACAGACUGAUGUCAAAUGCACGUUGUGCGCUACCUCUAGAUCUGAAAGCAUUAAGGCUCCGACAAUCGGCUCUACAUCCAGCCUUGUUCCUGAACCAGUCAAGUCUGAUUUAAUGGAAAAGUUUAAGCCUCCCGAAGGGUCGUGGGAAUGUCCUGGUUGUAUGCUCCGAAAUCGUUCAUCGGUCGAAACUUGCCCUUGCUGCAACGCUUCAAAGCCCGGCUCCCUGAAGGUCAGUCCUAAAAGAGUAUCUGCUAAUUCAGGAUUCUUGACUGCCAUUUUGAAUCCCAGUGGAAAUCAAUUGGCUAAUAACACUGAUUCUGCGGAGAAAACAAAGUCGACCGAUCAGGAUUUAUGGGAGUGCUUGAAUUGUAAACAGAAAAAUUCUAAAGCCACUUUGACCUGUCCAUGCAUUAGUGCUUCGAAAUCCGAUUCGAAAAGUACACCGAUGUCAGGAUUUGGGGAUAAGUUUAAAAAACCUGAGGGUGUUUGGACAUGUGACGAUUGCAUGGUACAGAAUAAAGCAGAUGUUAUCGAAUGCGUAGCUUGUAGUGCUGUGAGACCUGGUUCAAAGAAGGUAGCAAAAUCAACCUCAGCCACGGGCAGUGGGUCGAGUGUACAGUUCAGUUUUGGAAUUCCCGAGAACGCUGGAGGUUUCAAAUUUGGAAUUGACAAAAGUGAUGAAAAAGUUGACGCAAAUAAGCCGGUCCCUUCGUCGACAGGUUUUAGCUUUGGCGCUAAGACAGACUCACCCAAAGCUGGCGGAUUUACCUUCGGUGUUCCUCAGAAUUCUUCAGGAUUUACGUUUGGUGUUGUGGAUAAGGAGAAAAAUAAAUUUGAACAGAAAACGGAUACAAAGGAAGAGAAUGCUGUUCAAAACGUGUCGAAAAAACGGUCAUUGAACGUCGAUGAACCUAAGAAUCAAGCUCCGUUCUCAUUUGGUAUACCAAAAACGGAAGAGUCAAAAUCAUCUGCUGAAAAACAAUUUACAUUUGGAGCACAACCAGUGGCUAAUACUAUUGCAAAGCAACCAUUUUCUUUUGGAACGGUGAAAACUGAAACACCUGUGGACAAAAAAGACACAUUACCAGAAGUGUACCUAACUGGUCCAAACACAGAAUCCCAGAAAUUAAAUUUUUCAGCACCAACUAGCGACGCUCCUGCAGCAAUCUUGGCCAAUGAUCAAUCUAGUUCAAUAACAACAAAAUCACCCAUUAAUACAGAUAUUACCAAAUCUGCAGAGAAUCCCACAUUUGGCACGACAAAUGUGCCUGUGUCACAUAGCGGCGGUUCAACAGUUACGACAACCGCAGUCAGCGUCCCGACAUCUGGACUUUUUACAUUUGGUUCUGCAACGACGAUUCCAAGUCAGCCGGAGGCAGUUCCGAGUCAAGCGGUGCAAAGUUUUGGUCAAAAUCCAGUGCCAGCUCCAACGUCAGCACCGACGUCUUCAAUGUUUAUGUUUGGAUCUACCAAGCAGGCGAGUGCGAGUACAACAGCCACCACGUCACAUCCUGAUAAAUCUGAAAUUAUAUCUUUUGGCUCGACUAACAGCCCUGCGUUUAAUUCCGUCACUUCCACGCCACGUUUCGAAAGUAACGAAAAUAAGCAAGCACCGUCGUUCGGCGUCACGGACAAUAAGCCCGGGUCGCUUUUUGGAGCGGGUGAAACAAAGGCUCCAGUUUUUGGCGCUCCUCAGGAUAACAACAAAAUGAUACCGCCGUUUGGCAGUAUUAAAAAAACAUCAUCAACGACGUUUAACUCGCAAACGCCUGCAUUCGGAGUCUCCUCUUCUACCACUGCAUUCGGAUCUGCAGCACCAGCUUUCGGAACAACGUCCACACCUGCAUUUGGGACCAAUCCAACACCGAAUAUCUUCGGGACGUCGAAACUAGCAGAAACUGCUCCGUCUUCCGCGUCUGGACUCUUUGCAUUUGGCGGAAAUUCUACUCAGCCUACCGCAUCUCAAGCUUCCAGUGGAUUCAAUUUCUCACAAAAUCCAACUCCGACGUCUACCCAACCGUUGGCUCAAAAACCUUUGUUCGCAUUCGGAAGUACUAGCACCAACACACAGCAGCCCGAAAAUACCGGGUUUGGAGCUCCCGCUAACUUCAAUCCACCUACCGCCUCAGAUACAACUCCAGCAACUUUUGUAUUCAAUGCUCCUAAGCCGGACGCAGCUCCACCAUUUUCACAAACUGCGCCUAUUUCCACAUCGAUAUUUGGCACUCCUCAGGCUACUCCUAGUUUUGGUCAGAGUCAAUCGACGCCGGCCUUUGGUUCCACAGCUCCAACUCCCAAUGCCGGUUUCAACUUCGGAGGCUCAGUUACUCCUGCGCCUUCUGGAUUCAACUUUGGCGGAGCAGCCACAGCUGCCGCGCCUACAGCAGGAUUUCCAUUCAACGCACCAAACUCGAAUCCGAGUGUUGCCUUCAAUCCCAAUGCAGCUCCGACGUUCAACUUCACAGGCGGCAGUGCGCCAACAGCAUUCAAUGCUAUACCUCAGGCUAUACCUCAGGCUACAACCCAGGCAACACCGCAAAGAAAAUUCAAAAAAGCAGUGCGGAGAACACAGCCUCGGUAGACGAGGAGUUAACACACAUGCGAUUGUGUCGGUUUCUAGAUAAAGGAAGCAAAAAAGAAAUUUAAAACAAAUUUAAAGUCAAGGGUAACACUUAUAAAAUAUGAUAUGACAGGGCAAAAGUUGAUUUUGCUGAAAACGGUGAAACGUACAAUAUAUAUACAUUAUAUAUGUAUAUAUCUCUUACUAUAAGAGAUUCACAGAGCUAAGCACAGAAGAAUUGCAUGCAAUUGAUACUAGAUGAUCGGCAGGAGAGUGUGACAACCUGCUCAGGUAAGUAUAAGUCAUUCGCAUAACUCACGACAACGUAGGUCCUUCGUGAAAAACUCGACGGGAAUUUUUCAUUAAUUUUUGUUUUUAUUUUAUUUUUUAUUUUUUUCCUAAUGUCCCUUGCGAAUGUGAGAUAUGAAAUAUGAAAAUAAAAAUAUGUAUAAUUAUUCAACGAUUGAUUGUUACAUGGUUUUCACUUUUCCUACUAUCAUUGUCUCUGCGCUACACGGAUCACAUCUAUAUGUAUAUUAAAGUCUGUUAUAAAGAAGAAAUAAAAUAUGUCGUGAGUUCGGCGAAUAAAGUAUAAACCGGAAUACCAUCAUAUAUAUGUGUAAAGGUAUAUCGAUUCGCAAAAUAUCCGAUAUCCGUAUUUUUAGUUAGGUAGUUAGUUAGUAUCGCGCGGUCAGUUUUAACAAUAUUCGAUAAAAUUGGCCCAGGCAUAGUGUAACGUAAAUACACUUGG